UGUGUGGGCAACUCUUCACAUCUGAAAGUAUUACGACGUUCGAAUUUCAAUUCUUCUACGGCACAACAGCGCGCGAAAACUUCUGGUCACAAGAUGAAUGCCACAAUGGAAGCUGAAGAAUCACAACCGGAUGAGUAUGUCUAUGUACUUCCGAUUAUUGUUAUUCUUGGACUCAGCGGCAACAUCAUCAGCCUCGUCACAAUCUUUCAUUCGAGGCUUAGAUACGUAAACGCCAACGUAUAUCUGAUUGUUCUCACUAGUGCUGAUAGCGUGUUCUUGUUUGGAAUUCUGCUCAUUUGUUUCAAGGUGGAUUUCAUAGCCUAUGAGUACUGCGUCGGCUUGGAAUACGUACUCAUGACGGCAUCCUACCUCAGCAGUUGGUCAACGGCGGCAUUGACCAUAGAGCGAUAUUUGGCCAUAGCGCAUCCAUUGCGGCAUGUUCGGUAUGGACAUGUGGAUCGAGUACGGAUGAUAGCCUACUGGGUUCCUAUACCCUUUGUUCUGCAGUUAUUCCAAUUCGUUUCAUUAAAGCCCGUUGAUGGCCUUGAUAGGAAAUGUGCGCUAAAAGAAGCCAAUUACCAGUUGAUUGCUCAAGCAGUGGACACAAUUCUCUGUUACCUUUUGCCGUGUUUGACUAUUGUGAUUUUGAACAUUCUGGUAGCGUUGAAAAUCAGGCGGUCGGCAUUUCUCGAUGCUGCUAAGCAGCAAGUAUCGCGGCGACAAGGAGGUGGCCAAGCCGCUCAAUCUGGUGCAUGGACGCGCAUCCUCUGGGUCAUGCCAUUGGUGUUCGUUGUUUUAAACACUCCAUUCUAUGUAAUCAUGAUGAUAGAAGUGUUUUGGCAAGUUGUCUAUCAUUCGCCGCCCGAAUUCGCUCAUCGAUCUCAGGUCUUUGUGAUGGUUUAUAACACUGCUCAUUAUCUGUAUUAUAUCAAUACAGCAAUUGAUGUAUUGGUUUAUGCAUUCUCAAGCGCAAACUUCCGAAAAACAGCCGUCAUAGCCUGGAAAAGAAUAUUAUGUCCAGGAUAUGAAGAGAAGUACAAACACAAGGUGCUACUGACAGAUCAAAUGACGACUCGUGGCAGUUAUCGCGUGAGCACACAAAAUCGACGACAAAGUGAACGAUCCUCGCCAACUCUGGUUCGAAAUAACAGCACGAAGCCACUGAUGGACACUAAAGUACAGAUGAACUGCACGAAUAUAUAGCCUUACCAUGGCUAUCAGUUUCUGUUAUGUUGAUCUUCAUUGAUUUUUUCACUAGUCGAUUGAAUCCUGAACUGAAAAAGUCUCAGGAAGACAAAGCGAGCAUACAUCUGUGUCUCAUCACAUCAUGUCAUAUCCUGCCUUUCACAUUCUUACAAGUGUGGAUAUCUAUGUUGUGCCAUAUACUUUGUUUUUGUACAUUUUGAUGUAAUAAAGCAUUUU